UCCUGCAACGCUGAAAAGAUAUUUUUUAUUAGGAAAAGAAAGUUUCAGGAGAAAAAGGAGAAAUGGCCUCGCAGCUUCUUCGUCAAACCCUAACCAAGACCAAGCCAAGCGCCGUUAUCCGCCGAUUAUCCACCGCCUCCGCCGUCGCCGUCGCUUCUCCUGCAGGAAACGAUGAACCAACAGGGAUCACCAUGAAAGGUGUGAAAAUCUCGGGACGUCCGCUUUACCUCGACAUGCAAGCGACUACACCCGUGGACCCUAGGGUUUUGGAUUCGAUGCUUCCUUUUUAUCUCUCCCGUUACGGGAACCCUCACUCCCGUACUCAUCUCUACGGUUGGGAAUCUGAAACCGCCGUUGAAACUGCCCGCGCACAAGUUGCAGCGCUAAUUGGAGCUUCCCCUAAGGAAAUCGUCUUCACCUCCGGCGCCACCGAAUCGAACAACAUCUCAGUCAAAGGCGUUAUGCAUUUCUAUAAAGAAAAGAAACGCCACGUCAUCACGACUCAAACGGAGCACAAAUGCGUUUUGGAUUCUUGCCGGCAUCUUCAACAGGAAGGUUUCGAGGUAACUUAUUUGCCUGUUGGGUCUGAUGGGCUUAUUGAUUUGGAUAGAUUAAGGAAAGAAAUCCGGCCGGAUACCGGGUUAGUUUCUAUUAUGGCUGUUAAUAAUGAAAUUGGUGUGGUCCAACCGGUUGAAGAAAUUGGUAAAAUUUGUAAAGAAUUUAACGUCCCUUUUCAUACUGAUGCUGCACAAGCUUUAGGGAAGAUUAAGGUUGAUGUAGAGAAAUGGAACGUUAGUUUAAUGAGUUUAAGUGGGCAUAAGAUUUAUGGUCCUAAAGGAGUUGGGGCUUUGUAUAUGAGAAGGCGGCCACGGAUAAGAGUUGAGCCUCAAAUGAAUGGAGGUGGGCAAGAGAGAGGGAUUAGGAGUGGGACUGUGCCUACUCCACUUGUUGUCGGGAUGGGAGCGGCAUGUGAGGUUGCGAUGAAGGAAAUGGAGUAUGAUGAGAAGAGGAUUAAAGGUUUGCAAGAGCGGUUGUUGAAUGGGAUCAGGGAGAAGAUUGAUGGGGUGGUGGUGAAUGGUUGUAUGGAUAGGAGGUAUGUUGGGAACCUGAACUUGUCAUUCGCAUAUGUUGAAGGGGAGAGCUUGUUGAUGGGGUUGAAAGAAGUGGCAGUGUCUAGUGGGAGUGCGUGUACUAGUGCAAGUUUGGAGCCUUCUUAUGUGUUGAGAGCAUUGGGUGUGGAUGAGGAUAUGGCACAUACUUCGAUUAGGUUUGGGAUUGGGAGGUUUACUACCGAGGAGGAGAUUGAUAAGGCAGUUGAGCUUACUGUGAAACAGGUUGAGAAAUUAAGGGAAAUGAGUCCGCUUUAUGAGAUGGUGAAGGAAGGUAUUGAUAUUAAGCAGAUUCAAUGGGCGCAGCAUUGAUCAAGCUCUGAAUAUAGGUGAGGCUAUUUUGGAUAUGAAUUGCAUGCUGAAUGAUUAUGCAGAGCUAGAGCCUAGAAUUGUGUCGCUAUAUCCCGUCUUUGUUCUCUCAUCCAUGUAAAUGCCUUGAUAGCUUUCUUAGAGAAUUUACAUGAUUAGAGAGUAAAUCUUGCACAUCGUCAGAAUAGGGAGAUCCUAUCUUGAUAAUAGAAACAAUAAGAAACGUGUCUGCUUUAGCUGCAACGUUAUUUAAUGUUUUGUAACUCUGAGCUCAGUGUGAUGGAUACCAAAUAAUAUCUAGUUGUAUGUUGCUUUUUAUGUGAUGAAAUGAAUUAGGGUGAUCUA